GCAACCUGGGUGAUGGAAACGAAGCUCUACCUGGGGAAAGGCUGUGUUCGCCGCCAUCUUUUCUUUCUAUGUUAGUUUCUUUAAGAGCUCUAAAACACUAUAUUUUUAAAAAAAAAGCUCGCCAUAAGAGCUAAAGAAAAACUUCAAGAUGAGUUUGACGACGAACUCAAUGGCGGAGGAAUCCAGCGCUACAAAUGAUUCCUUUUCGCAGGGAACAGAUCUAUACACAGACUUUACUUCUACUGCUGAAGUGAAGAGCGAACCGACAGAGGCGACUGACUUUACUGCUAGUGCUAUUACGAGUACAGAUCCUUCGACUUCUUCUUCCACGGUUUCCGGAGAAGGGCAAGAGAAAAGUAAACCAAACCAUAAUAAGCGGGAGGAGUGGCUAGACAAAGAUGACCCACUGCAUUGCAAAGUGUGUGACUUCAAAGCGUCGGACAUGCAGGCAUUCCAAAAUCAUUCACUGAGUGUGAGACAUAUCAAAAGAGCAGCUGAAGUAUUUGAAAUCAAGUUCAACCUCAAGAAAGAUGAAGAGAAGGAGAAGAAAAAGACAGAGUUUCACUGCCAGGUUUGCCUUUGUUCCUGUAAUAGCGAGUCAGCGUGGAAUUCUCAUUUAGUUGGACAAAAACACAGAAAGAAUCUAGAAAAGCAGGGAGCAGACAAAGCCCACAUGAAGGCUAAGCAAAAGAUGGGGCCAGGGGGUUAUGGAGCAAGCUCUGGAGGGUACGGAACAGAUCAACAGUAUGGAGGGGGUGCAGUGCGCAACACAUACUUACAGCAUAACCGAAAACCAUAUGAGAAACCUGUACACGCUGUUGCCAACCCUACCCAGUCAGGCCCUGUUGGCGCUAAAGAUUUUAUGAACUACAAAGAACCUCUGAUAGGCCUGGAAUAUGUCACUGAAAUACAGGUGACAGGCCAAAGUCCCAGGUACCACUGUGAACUGUGCGAUUCUAAGUUUGACCACAACUUGAAGUUCCCUCACCUUGUUGGAGCCAAGCAUCGCUUUAAUGUGCUGAAGGAGAAAUGCCCCGAAGUAGCUACAGCUGUACGCUCCAAUGUCAAGAAGCGUUCUGAACUUACAGGCAGGCUUUUGGACGAGGCUUACAAGCUGGAACAAAAAGAAGGGCGUAAGCAAGUCAAGACAAGAGUAGAGGCUAGUCCAUACUCUUCUGUCAACCAGACCAGUAUUUCUCGAACGUCUAUUCAAAACACCAUGGGCAGAGGACAAGGGUCUUCAGCCAGAGGACAAGGAGUUUCUGGGAGAGGAAGAGGGGCUAGAGGCAAUCACAUGAGAGGAGGACAAACAAACAAUUCAUAUGGACACCGUGGCAACAGUAACACAGGAUACAAAGCCACCAACCCCCAGCAAUAUGACAACAACAGCCAACAAAGUUAUGGGGACACAAGGGGACGUGGGCGUGGCAUGAGGGGUCAGCCAAAUGAUCAGGGUAGAGGUGGUAGAGGUAGAGGCUGGCACCAGAGUUCCCAGUCGCAACAAUAUCCAUCUCUCAUGGGGAGUAGCUAUCAGCGAAGAAGCUAUGCUCCUAAUGAUACCUAUGCUGGUUCUAGCCAAAGUAACUCCUUGCUGCCAAGAGAGGCGUUCCAUCCUCAACAAGAGUCGCAACAGCAGCACUAUAAUUACAACCAAAGCUACUCCCAUCCCUACAGCUACCAGCCUGCAAGCCAACAGCAGACCAGUGUGCAAAGAGAUCAUGGGGCCUCAUACGCUAACCCAUCUACAAGUGGGCCGCCCCCAUAUACGGCCCCACCCACCAGUGGAACACAACAACCAGCUCCACGCAAGUCUAAUGUGGCUAAUCAAGAGUUUAUCAAAGGACUGGGAGAACUGGGAAAGCUGGUAAGCUCGGAGGAAGAUGCAUCAGUAGCCCUACAGGUGUCAAACGUGUUGACUCAGGCCCUACUGCAGUACAGGAUGCAGAACCUGCCCAGCUCAGAUGAGGUAUGUUAGAGAAUCCCAACACUUAGUUUUUCUCCAGAGAUCAGCAUCAGCGUUCAAAGAUUAUACCACAACUUCUUACUUCCUACAUAAUAUACUAAUUUUGAGAGUUGGCCAGCAGUGAAUGUACUGCCGGCUCACUUCAUUGGCCAGUAGUGGAUGUACUGUCGGCUCACUUCAUUGGCCAGUAGUGGAUGUUCUGUCGGCUCACUUAAUUGGUUAGCAGUGACUGUACUAUAGGCUUAAUCAGUACGUCAGCAGUGACUACUUUAGGCUCAAUAAACUACUCAGCAGUGACUGUAAUAUAGGCUUAGUGCGUUGGUCAGCAGUUCUUCAUGAUUGAGCAUGCACUGUCAGAAACCACGAUAGCUUGAGGAUUAAUAUAAGAAGCUAUGUUCCAGCAUGAUGUUUUGUAAUGAUUAUUUUCUUGCCGAAAAUAUGUUUUUUACCGAUA